AUGCCCGACCUCAGCGAGAAGAAGCGCAAGCGCAAUGCCGACAAGAACGACCGCCCCAGCAAGAAGGUCCAGAUUGACCAGCCCACGCGCCCCGUGAAGCUCUCCGUCCUCGACGACAACUACCAGCUCGGCCCCGUCGUUGCUGCCACUCCCGGUCUAUCUUUCCCCUCUGAGCUCACCCUCAAACCAUACAAGAAGGACAUUGAGAAGCGCCGCUACGAGCUCCUCCUGCAAUCUUCCGACCACCCCAAGCUCGACUUCACCGCGCGUCAGGAGGAGGAUGGCACUGCCGACUGUCUGCUCAAGGAUUAUGUCGGCAUCUACGAUCCCGAGACCGGUGCGCUUCAGAUUAUGGAGGCCCAGAAGCUGGUGCUGCGGAGCACUCUGAGGAGCGAGGCCGAGGAAAUGCGCGUUCAAAGGGAAGCCGCUGCCAACCGGGAGCGCCAGACCAAUUUCGCUCUUCGCCAGCAAUUGGGCAAGGAAUUCGGUACCAAGAAGGCCAAGAAGGCUCUGUCUUCCAUCACCGAGAACGCCAUCAACCCAACAGCUGGUGCUGCCGAGGGCAACAUUACCGAUGCUGUCGCCAAGGCCGUCCUGGAGUCCGUGACCGAGGCUACGGCCGACGCCCCCAGCCGCGAAGCCUUGCAGCAGGCUGUUGACGAGAACAAGCCUCGACCGAAGGCCAACCUGGAGGCCGCAACCCCCGCCGAAGUCUAUCCGCCCGAAGUCCUCAUUGGUGGGGAUAGCAUGCGCCUGAUCGAAGUCAAGAGCUGGCUCGAAACCGCUGAGAAGAAUGAGGAUAUAAGGACCCCGAGCUUGUUCGUUGCCAAGAGACUGCAGAAAACUUUGUCGUCAAAGAACACCAAGAAACUUAAGGUGUUGAAAUACAUGCUGCUUCUGAUCGACUUCCUGGCCGCCUUGAAGCCCGCACGGAAUGGCGCCAAGAAACUCCCCCAGAGAGCCGAUCUGGAGAAGAAGACGGGAACAAGCGGCGCACUUCUGGAUGGAGUCAGGAGAAAGUUUGCUGACGGAAACGAAAUGACGAAGUGGCACGUUGACUACCUGAUUACGCACAUCGCGGCUCUAUCUCUUUACAUCGAUGAUUUUGUCGUCGAUACGUUUGACCUGCGUGAAGACCUCAGGCUUGACAACAAACAGGUCGGUCAGUACUACCACGAACUGGGCUGCAAGGUAACAAAUCCCACGGAGAAGGAACGCGAGGCAGGGAAGUACACCAAGGCCGAGGCUGUCAACCACAAGACGGCCAAGCUGAAGAUUCCUCUGGACUUCCCCAAGCAGAGGGCCCUCCCCUCACGCAGGAGGUAA